AUGGGUCAAUCACAGAAACCAAUAGCAGCUCCACAAUCUGCAGAAACCACCCAUCACCACAACUCCAAGGAUCCUCCUAAAUAUUCAUUGUGCACUCGGAAAGAACAUGAAAAUUUCAUCAAAUUAAUUGCAAUUAAAUCUUCCACUACUACCACCAUAGAAAACAAUUCCUUCAAGUUAAAUGAUGAAGAAAAUUCGCAAUUUUACCUCCGAACAGUGCUGAUCAGAGAGGAAAAUAAAUCGUGGUUGGAGAGGGAGCUACCCAUUGAAAUAAUAUUCGAAAUAUUGAGAUAUUUGCUACCUGAUGAUUUGAUAAUCUUGUCGGGAGUGAGUUGGAAUUUCAGAGAGGUGUGGACAGAGCAUCCAUUCUUGUGGUUCUCUCCAUUGGAAAGUGGUGAGAAUUAUGGGAAAUCACUCAUGUCCAGAAAGUUAGUGGAAGAUUUCAUCAAUAAUUCAAAUAAUCUUGUUGCAAAUUGGAAACAAAUAUAUCUUCAGAUUGGAAAUGUAAUGAUGUAUCCGAAAAGUUUCUCAAAUUUUGCAGAUCAAUGUGUCUAUGGAAGAAUCUAUGGAGAAUAUAACACCAUUCAAAAAAUUGGAUUUAUUGGAAUGAAAGGAUGUGGAAAAUCAACUUUUUGUAAAUUACUGGCCACUAACAAGUUGGAUUUGCAAAUGAAAUCGACAAUUGGUUGUGAUUUUUACAUUCAAUAUUUGAAUCUGGACUUGGAGGAGAAUAAUCAACUUAUCAAGUAUUGCUUCAAGCUCGAAAUUUGGGAUGUAAGCGAAAUGUUCAGAUCAGUUUACAGAGGUUUGCAUGUAAUAUAUUUUUGUUUUGAUCUUUCGAAUGAGGAGAGCUUAUAUCAUAUGAUAAACAUGUUCAAGGAUUGCUGUACCAAUGAUUUGUACAUUAAUGACCUAUCCAAUCUUGAGAAUGAAUUGGAUACAGAUAUUGUAUUUCUAGGACUGAAGAAGGAUAGCAAAACAAUAUCGAAUCAUACCAUUAACAAUUGUAUAUAUCCUUUCAUUGACAGGAAUGUGCCUUAUCAUCAAAGACGAGUUUCAUAUUUUGAGGUUAGUGCCAAAGAACAGGAUAGGACAACUUUCUAUCCAGUAUCUCACAUUGGAUUUUUACCAUCAAAGAGAGAACAUUGUUUCCCACUCACUCCACUCACAAAGGAUAAUGAAGAAAGAUUUAGGAAUUAUGGAGCUUUGGAUUAG